CUCAAUUCAUCAUAAUCAUCACUCUUCUCCUAUCGCCGGGAAUUUAUUUUCCGAUGUCUGAUCCACAAAGAAACGAUAACCGCCACCAGCCAAGCCGCUUGCAGAGGAGAGCCCCCUCCUCCUUGCAGAUUAACCGCGCCGUUCACUGGAACGUCGCCAUCCCCCUCCUCUCGCCGUUGGCCUCGUCUCCGCCGCCGCUCGACCUAAAACCGCCGCAAGAGACGCCGCAGCGCGAACCGGAGAAGGUGACCGUGUCCUUCAAGAAGUGGCAGCACCCCGCCGCUCCGUUCUGUUACGAGCCGGCUCAGAUGGUGCCGCCCUUUGUUCCUGUCUAGAUAUAUACCUAUAAUAAUAAGCAAUGAAAACAAAGAAGAUCCAGAGUUUGAUAGGAUAUGAUCUAAUGGCGCAUGAUUAGUCAGAAUGAAGAUCUAACGGCCUGUGUUACGCUUUUUCUUUUUUUUUUGGUUGGGGAAAGGCUUUAUCUUUUUUCGCAUACGGGGAAUAUGAUAUGAUGAAUAUAUCAACGUAUUCCCGUGUAUGUUUCUUUUUUCCUUUUAUUGUUUUAGCAUUUCCCCCUUUUUUCCCCCUUAUUCUGGGCCUUAAAUUAAACUAUUUCACACAAAUAUGUCUUUUUUUUUCUUUUUAAUUUUCGGCCUUUGGACAAUCUGUUUCUGUUUAUUGGAUUGUACAUAUAAUUUCGAUUCCGAGUUAACAAGCAUAUAGUUCU